AUGAGAACAGUGUCCCUCAUACUCUGCUCUGUUGUUUUGGUUGACUGUGCUACUGUGGCUGCGUGUUCAGGCCCCAGUGUGGCUGAGGGCUAUGGUGAGGCCAUGUGCACGCGCUGGUGUGUGGAAAGACGUGCCAACAUCAGCAAAGUCAAAGGGAAAAAUCAAGUGCAUUCCUGGUUGUGCCUGUUGUACAUAUGUUUGGUUCUAUGGAGACCAGUUUGUUCCCAGUGCCCUGAAAGCUGCAGCUGUGAAUGGGAUACAGCCACAGUGUCCUGCAUGGAUGCUGGACUCUAUGAAAUCCCAGUGGACAUUCCUCCAGAAACAGUGUCCCUUCACUUGGAACGUAAUUACAUCCGGACAAUUCCCGAGAGUGCCUUCAGUGAGCUGGUGCACCUGCGGGACCUGUAUCUUGCCCACAACCGUAUUGACUCACUCUCCACUGGGGCGCUGCGCCAUUUGGGGCCAGAGCUGCGCCUCUUGGACCUGUCUCAUAACCAGCUGAGGCAGGCCAGCAGGGAUGACUUUGGCUCCACCCGGGCCAAAACACGCCUGUACCAUAAUCCUUGGCACUGUGACUGCACCCUGCAAGAGCUCAUGGAGACCCUCAAUCUGGAGCCAGAGACAGUCAAUGGCAUCAUCUGUGAAAGCUCAGUGCGAGGGAUGGGUGAGGGAAGUCGCUGGGAUGAUCCAAGCUCAUUGGGUGAACACGCUGGACAACCUAUAGUAAAACUUUUGGAUUCUGGAGUCAACUUCUGCAGCCUUCAGAGGAAGACCACUGAUGUGGCCAUGUUAGUGACCAUGUUUGUGUGGUUCUUCAUGGUCAUUGUAUAUGUUGUAUACUAUGUGAGGCAGAACCAAGCAGAGGCCCGGAGACAUUUGGAAUAUCUAAAGAGUUUGCCCAGUCCACGCAAAACCCCCACAGAGACAGAUACCCUUAGCACUGGCUUUUGAGUGAAAUAAAACAGCUCGCACUGAUCCCUUUCAAAUAGCCU